UAUGUGUAUUUAUCAAUUAGCAUAAUGCAUUUCUAGUUGACAUGGGCCGGUGGAGCGGACCAUGGUGGUAUGGGUUGUUCAACCCAGUGGACCAUCAAACCGCGACACAUGAAGGUAUGGGUCCGUGUAGGGAUAUUACAAAGAAAAAGACAAGAAGAAAGCAAGAAACCAGUGAUACGACCGUGUCCAGCUGCUUAAGAUUGUAGACUUGUACUGUUUACGAUACAUAAUUGUCGAAGUCGCUGCUGGAUCUGCUGGAUCUGCUGGAUCUGCUGGAUCAACAGGACAAUAACGAGAAUAUAAGAAUAGAAG